AUGUUGGGAAUAAAUAAAAAUCAAAUUUCUGCAAUUGGUUGUGUUUUAAAUGACCAAAAUCGACCAUUAAAAGAAAGAUUUCGUGCUUUAUUUACUUUAAAAAAUAUUGGUGGAGCUGAAGCUAUUCAACAAAUUCAUAAUUGCUUUAAAGAUGAAUCAGCUUUGUUAAAACACGAACUUGCAUAUUGCCUUGGUCAAAUGCAAGAUACUCGUGCUAUACCAAUUCUUAUAGGAAUAUUAAAAGAUGUUACACAAGAGCCAAUGGUUCGUCAUGAAGCAGGUGAAGCUUUGGGUGCUAUUGGAGAUCCUAAUGUAAUACAUAUAUUAGAAGAAUAUAGCAAAGAUUGUAUACCAGAAGUUGCAGAAACAUGUCAAUUAGCAUUGUGUAGAUUACAAUGGUUACAGUCGAUUAGUGAUUCAACGAAUUUACACAGGAGUCCCUAUAUGUCAGUAGAUCCAGCACCACCAGCAGAUAUUGCAGAUGUUAAGAAGUUAAAAGAAAUCCUUUUAAAUGAAAAUAUUUCUUUAUUUGAGAGAUAUAGAGCUAUGUUUGCUUUGAGAAAUAUACGUACUCCAGAAAGCAUUCUUGCUCUCAGUGAUGGUCUAAAAGUAGGCAGUGCUUUGUUUAAACACGAAGUAGCUUUUGUACUUGGACAACUUCAAGAAGAAAUUGCUGUCCCAUAUUUAGAAGCUUGUUUAAAGAAUGUAGAAGAAAAUGAAAUGGUCCGUCACGAGUGUGCAGAAGCGUUAGGCUCUAUUGCUACUCCAAAUUGUUUUGAUAUAUUAUAUAAAUAUUUAAAUGAUAGUAAAAGAGUUGUUAAAGAAAGUUGCAUAAUUGCAUUAGAUAUGUGUGAAUAUGAAAACAGUUCAGAAUUUCAGUAUGCAGAUACAUUAGGAAAAGUUGCAGUUUAA